AUGGGAGGAUGGAAGCUGGAGGUGUUCAAGAUGACCAUCUACAUGGCAUUCCCAGUCGGCCUCUUUUACUAUUUCAACCAGCCGGCGAUGUUCGAGAAGUGGGUCGUAGAGACUAAGAGGAAACUGUAUCCACCUGAGAACAAGGAUCAUCACGACGAGCUCCAGAGGGCUAUCAAGGAAAUUAGAAUCCAGAAGGAAGAGGACAUUCUUCGUCAAUUGGAGUCCAAUAAAUAA